UGGAGAGCGAUAUUAUCUCCGAAGGAUUCAGAUUUUGUGAACAAUUUGGUGCUAGAUUCAAUAAGUUGAUAUGUGACGGAGACUCGAAUACCUACAAACAUUUGCGUGACAUACGCGUUUAUCGGAAUCCGGAUGUGUUUGUAGAAAAAUGUGAAUGCUGCAACCAUUUACAUCGAAACUUCCGGUCAAAAUUUGGGUGUUUGUGCCAGAUCACAAAGUUUGAUGUUGAUCUACGAAAGCACGUGAAGCCAUCGAAAGGACACGAUAUUAGCAAAGGCAUCAAAUUAGCAUCCAAACAUUGGCGGGAAUCGGGGCUGGAGCUAUCAAAACAAAUUCGCAAUUUGGAAAACGACAUUAUGAAUGCUCCAGCGCAUUAUUUCGGAGUACAUCAUAACUGCCGAAAGUACUUCUGCACUAAAUCUACAACUGAGGCUGCUAUUGAUAAUCUAAAAGCUUUGAAAGAAGAUGGGCUUUAUUACGAAGUUCUAAAUUUGUGCCAACAAUAUUUUGGCGGAAAUGCAAAAAGUUUGCUCGAAAACUACACAAAUAAUGCAGCCGAGCAGUUCAAUAACAUCGUGGCUAAAUUUAUCGGUGGUAAAAGAAUCAAUUUUUCACUCGGUGGAUCUUACACUGCAAGAGUCGCUGCGGCAGUCGUUCAAUACAAUAGCAAGGGCCAUUCCAGCACAGAGUUUCGGAAGUACAAGUUUGGAUCGGUACAGAGUGCGAGACUGGAAAACAUGGAAAACGGCAGGAAGAGAAAAAUCUUACAGAAUGCAAUCGCCCUCCAGAGCCGACCGAGGAAUCGACGUGGGAACCAAGACAAUAGUGCGAAGGGUUCUGGUGCUUAUUAUCAUGGGGAGGGAACCGAAGACAUAGACAUGGAGCCAGCUGUUUUUGAAAAGGCUAAAAAGGUGUUUUUGGAAAAACUCAUGUUCAACCAGCGCAACAGAAAUGAUGUUGAAGAGUCAACACGAGGGGGUAAACAUAAUAGUCGCUGGCAACAAAUACGGCAAGAUUUGGUUCCAUCAUCGUUUGUUCCGAAGAUAGUUCUUUCUAAGACAAAAAAGAGCUACAAGAAUCACUUGGACGAACUAGUUUAUAAGCGAAGUGAAUUCGGAAACAGUGCCACAAUCAAACACCAACGGUUGGUGGAGCGAGAUGCGUUACAGUUCUUCCAAACCCUCUUCGAUGAUACGUUGCAUGAUUGCGGCCUGUUUAUCGAUAAGGAAAUAUUUUUCUUGUGCGCUUCCCCUUUGAAAUUAUAUGGAAACGAUCACACGCUCAAUAUUAAGUGUCCCCUCAAAGAGUACGGAAAGAAGUUCGAUGAAGUCAUUCACAAACUACCAUUUUGGGAUAAAAAGGGCAACUUGAACACGAAACAUGAGUGGUACGUAGAGCUUCAGUGCGAAUUGCGGGCAACUGGGAGAAAAUAUGGUUUUCUCAUGUUUUGGUUGGGUUUAUGCGAAGAAACACCACAAUACCGAAUAAUCGAAGUCCCUAAGAACGACAGUUUUUUUGAUACCGAAGUAACACCUAAAUUAAAUUAUUUUUACAAUGAGGUCAUGGUCAAGGAGCUUGUCGACUCUCGCAAGCAGAGGAACAUGGCGUUGCGGGAAUAUGACCCGAAAAAGAAUAUUUUUAUUUAAAUUCAGCAAUCGAUCGAUAUCCAAUACUUCACUAUUAUUUAUCAUUAGCCUUGAUCAGUUUUAUUAGUUUUUCGUUCUGAGUGAUUUUUAAUUCUCGUUGAAAUGAGCAAUAAUUUUCCUUUCCUUUUCAUUUUAAUUUUCACAUCAUUUUACUAUAGAUGCUAGUAGUAUUGUU